AAUUGUGUUCUUCGUGUCAUUCAUGGUGAUGUUGAAGUGAAGUUCAUGAAAGUUUUUCUUUGGCCGCAGCAAAAAAAUAUUUCAAGUGCAUGAAAAAGCAAAAGCUAAAGAAUUUAAUUAAAGCGUAAUUGAAUUUCGAGUAAAUUGCUUUGCAGGCCAAAGAAUAAAAUGGAAGAGUUGUUAAAAAUUGUUCAAACGAGUGAAGAAUACUGCAAUGAGUUACGCCAGCUGAAAGAGCAAUUUAUACAAGACUUGCGCGCGAAACUUGGAGGGCAGAAGCCAACAAAAGCAGAUUCUACCAGCUCAGAUAAACCUGCCGCCACGCCGCAACAAAUAAAAAAACGUAUAAAGCGUUUAUCUGAUCUGAAUGAAAGCGAUGCCGAUUCUUUGCCUGAAAACAUAUCGCUGGGCCGAUCGGCACGUUCUAGUAAUUCAAGACUUUUGGCUGCGGCUGUGACGAUGGAUGCGGAAAAUUUUGAUGAUUAUAUCGUUUCGCAAACUAAAAAUGUAGUUCCAAUGCCAGCACCGAGGAGUACAAAGACUCAGGAAACAGAGCGGACAGAGGAACAAUUGAUGCCUCCACCUCCAUUGCCUAUUGCGCCUUUACAGGCUGAUGUAACGCAAAACAUUGAAACAUCGUUUGCCCGACCACAACGUGCUGCAAAACUAAAAUCGGAAAAGAAUUUGAAGGAGCCAAAGCUUAACAAUAAACUACGUAGGCCCAGCAAGAGUGAUGCAACUAUCGUGAAGUUGGAGCACGAGCAACGCCCCUCACAAUUUUUCCAAGUUACAGAAAAUGUCUCGGAAACUAACAGGGAUAGUUCUAAAUCUACUGCCAGCGUUAGAUCUGAAGAUUCGGUAGUGGCCAUAUUGGCUAAAGCUCCGUCUGUGGUAGAAAUCAAUUCGGAAGAUGAAGAGACAACAAACGAUAAAGAAUCGCCACGCAAUUCUGUUGACGAUGGUAAAAAACGUGGGCUGCGUAUUAAAAUAAAACGAGAGAAGAGCAGUCUCGGUAGUACAAAUAAGAAAAACGGUGACACUUCCCAACUGUCUUCCUCAUCUAAAGCUUCAGUUAACACAGAACAAACAGUACCAAUACCAAAGGUUGCCAUCAAGUCUGAAAGCGAUGAUUCGACUUUGGCAUCUACAGUUUCAAUAAAUACAACUUCAACUACUACCAAUACCAAGCGUCGUAAGAAAAAGGAUGCAGUACCUAAACCGAUCAAGGUUGAACGAUUUAGCGAUAUUGAAAAGCCGGGACGUACGCGUAAAGAGCAACAAAAGCAAGUCCGCACGUCUGGUGGCUCUGUUUACGAGGAUGCUGUUGAUCAUCCUAUGGUAAAUGAAGCUACAGAUACACCACCUACGCGAGUAUCGACAGUUCCACCACAAGUUGCUGCUGCUGCUGCUGGUUUGAAUGAAACCGUGAAUAACCGAACACAACCUGAUAAAACUGCCAAUUUAACAGUAGUAACUGGAGGCGCACCCAGUGAUGCUACCUUUUGUGCAAAUGCGGCACAGACCACUUUCCAAGUUGAUGCUGGGCAGGCUACUUUUGUUAUGGAUAACCAAAAUGCGAACAUGACAGUUACAAUGGAUAAAAAAUCCGGUGGCACCGGCGCUCCGGUAGCCGACACAACAUACAAUGUGCACGGAAAUGGGCGGGACAAUUCAACCGCUUCGUCUCAACAUUCCAUGGAGACUGCAAAGGACACUACACAUCCUCAGCAAGAUAGUCUAAUAACAGAGGAUGAAUCUUUUGAACCGGAAAAGCCGAAGAGUAAAUUAGCUACUUUGCCGAAGCCAGGUCCAGCAGCAACUAAACUAGGACCCUCGAAAGUUUACAAAAUGCCAACGCGCACAAAUGAGUUGUUCAACCCACUUGUGCAAAGCCCGGUAAAGAAAAAAGUUGAAGCUUUUGAGAAUGCAGCAAUAGCCGCUCAUAAUACGGAAGUAACUAGUACAGGUCGUCCAAAGCGUACUAAAGAAAACACUGCACCGUCAAGUUUAACCACACCCACCAUAGGAAAGCUCGCUUCAGCACCAGCGCUGGGCCGUUUUCUCACACCAACCCAAUCGUCGAAUCUUACUGGCACUCUGACAAAGGUGAAAAAAGUGCCAAAUAGUGCAUCGAAAGCAAUGGCUCAUCCGAAAGCCAUGGCCAGUGUAAAAGGAGCUGGCAGUGCGACUGCCAGCAAACCAUUAUCACGCGAAAACAGCGCUGAAGAUUUCCGCAAAGGUUUGCACAACUUGGCCGAGGAGCGUAAAAAGCAACGUGAACAGAAACAUCUGAUCGCUGCACAGCAACGCGAAGCUAAGGAACGGGAACGUGCUGAACGCGCAGCGAAAUUAGCAAAAGAACGUGAAGAGAAGCGACUUAAGAGACAACAAGAGGCGGAACAGAAGAAGCAAGCGCUCGAGGAAAUUCAACGUAAUCUGCGGCAACAAGAAGAGGCUGCCAAAUUGAAAGCAGCCAAGUUAAAGGCUGAGCAAGAACGCGAAGUGCUGCAGCAAGUGAAGCAGCAGAAUGCACGCGCUGCUGCUGGCAAAAUGCUACCACCACCGCCAAAACUACAGUCGAAAUACACAUUUGAUAUGUUGCAUGAAGAUGAUUCAACUGAUGAGGAGGAAAAGACUUCGUAUAAGCGACCGCCACCACCAACCUGGAGUCGAAGUCACGUACGUGGUGCUGCUAUUCGUAUGCAACAAUAUUGGCCCACUAAAAUAAUAGACAGCUUCUUCUCCGUACAACCAAUGUCACCCGAUUUGCGUUCGAUCUUCCCCAAUAUUAGUGCACAUCAUCUGAAACGGAAUUCCAGCGUCUUAUGGUCAACUCCACCGCGUUACUCUGAGCUGCCAAAAUAUUAAAACUACUCGAGAGUAUAUGAAAGUAAUUGUUUCACAUUUUUAUACAGGAUUUGUAAGUUUGAAAUAGAGUUUUAGUUGUAAUGUGCACAAGCAGCUGUAGCCACUUCGUUGUUGCUCAUGGCAGUCAUUUCGGAAAUCUACGCUACCGGAAGGAUCCGGCACCCGACUUUAUAUCCGACCGGCUUUCCCCAAAAAUUGAUGGGGACUUUUAUGCUCGUACAACAACAGAAACUUGCAUGAAUUAAUUAUUUAUUGUUUGCAAUUGUAGUUGUUGGUAAAACGAUUGCAGUGACCUGCGUACAUAUUGGUAGUGCUUUUCCUGUUAUUCAUUAAAAAAAAUAUCUGUUUUACGUAUCUGCAUUUUCAUUAAAAAUUAUCGUAUUUUGCAUUUUCAUAAAUAAAAUAAAAAUUAAUUGAUUAAAAA